UGCUCGGAUUUGAAUACUGAAUGUGAAACUUUAUUUUUUCAUACCGAAGUCCAAUGGCUUUCAAAAGGAAAUAUGGUAGCAUGGUUAUUUUCACUUAAGGAGGAGGUGAAAGUGUUUUUAACUGAGAAAAAAAUUAUCGAUUUAUCGAAAUGUAUUUGUGAUUAUAAGUAUGAAAUACACUUGGCUUAUCUUUGAACAUUUACACAAGCAUAAUUAUAAUUACAAGGCUCCUAAAAUCAUAAAUUAGAAAGCGCUGCUAAUAUAUUUAUUUUGUAAAAUUAAUUUGAGGAUAGUAAAGUUAAAAUCAAUAACUACUCAACGUUUCAAAUACUGAAAAGCUUGGUCGACAACGAUAAAUAUGCUGACUCCCAGCUGAAAUCCAGAAAAAUUGGUUUUACACCAUCUGCAUAAACUUAAAGAUGAAUUUAGCCGGUAUUUCCCAGAUGGAUAUGAAACGAAAGGUGUCCGAACUAUGAUUUGAAAUCCUUUUGUUGUUAAAGUUGACGAGGUGCUUGAUGAUAUUCAGGAAGAUUUGAUAGAGUAACAAAAUGAUCGAAACUGAAAGGAUAUGUUUGAAUCUUCCAUGAAUAUCGAAGAGUUAUGGUAUAAAAAAGGAAUUGCGUAUUCUUAGCAUCGAGAAAUCGCAUUUAAAUAUCUAGUCUUGUUUUCAACAACUUAUUUGUGCAAACAAGGAUUUUCCGCACUGCUUAACAUUAAAAAUAAACAAAGAAAUCGGUUGAUCGCCACUUAAGACAUGCGUGUAGCUUUGAGCAAUAUUAUCCCAAGAAUAUCUUUGUUAAAAAAAAAAAAUAGAAGCUCAAAAAUCAAAAUGUUCCGUACAAUAUAAUUUCUAUAGUUUUGGCUCGUGAAGUGGUUUUCCUUAGUUUACAAAUUUUACCAAAAACUGAUACUGUUAAUCUAAUAUAAAAAAUUUGUGAAUUUAAAUGUUCCCAAAUUAAAUGACCAACAAAAAAAUGUGUACGAUACCAUCAUGCAAGCAGUACAAAAUGAAGCCGGUAGAUUGUACUUUCUGGAUGCGCCCGGUGGUACGGGUAAAACAUUUGUAAUAUCACUCAUUUUGGCAAACAUUCGAGUGCAAGGGAAAAUUGCAUUGGCACUUGCUUCGUCUGGAAUAGCUACUACUCUGUUGGAUGGAGGACGAACAGCCCACUCUGCAUUAAAAUUACCAUUAAAUGUGCAGGUGAUUGAGAAUCCCACGUGCAAUAUAUCAAGAAAUUCUGCGAUGGCGAAAGUUUUGCAGCAAACUGCAAUUAUUUUAUUGGAUGAAUGUACAAUGACGCACAAAAAAUCACUUGAAGCAAUACACCACACAAUGCAAGAUCUGCGUGGCAAUCAAAACAUUUUUGAUGGUGCAUUGAUAUUAUUGUCAGGUGAUUUUAGGCAAACAUUUCCCGUAAUUCCACGCUCAACACCAGCAGAUGAGAUAAAUGCGUGCCUAAAGUCUUCUUUCAUGUGGAGAUAUGUGAGAAAAUUGACGCUAAACAUAAACAUGCGUGUUCAGUUGCAGAAUGAUCAAUCUGCAGAUCGGUUUUCGAAGCAAUUGUUGGAAACCGGAAAUAGCAAAGUUCAAAUCGAUAACACAAAUGGUUUAAUUAGUUUGCCAAACAAUUUUUGUACAAUUUUCCAAUCAAAAGAAGAAUUGAUUGAACGAGUAUUUCCAAAUAUUAUCCAGAAUCACAGGAAUCACAAUUGGUUGAGUGAACGCGCAAUUCUGGCACCAAAAAAUGUGCAAGUCAAUGAUAUCAAUUAUCUCAUCCUAGAAAAAUUGCCUGGUGCAGUAAUAUCAUACAAAUCUAUUGAUAUCGCAUUGAAUGAAGAUGAUGCAGUCAACUAUCCAGUUGAAUUUUUGAAUUCGUUAGAACCACCCGGUAUACCGCCGCAUUUCUUGAAUUUGAAGGUCGGCUCAUCAAUUAUUUUACUACGGAAUUUUAAUGCACCAAAACUGUGUAACGGUACAAGAUUAGCUGUAAAAAUAUUGAUGCCGAAUUUAAUCGAAGCCACAAUAUUGACUGGCAAAGCGAAGGGGGAAUUUGUACUCAUCCCACGUAUUCCUCUGAUACCAACAGACAUGCCAUUUGAAUUCAAAUGGUUGCAAUUCCCCGUGCGCCUAUCAUUCGCUAUGUCCAUCAAUAAGGCACAAGGACAAACGCUCCAAGUAUGCGGUUUGGAUUUGGAGGAGCCGUGUUUUUCGCACGGGCAAUUAUAUGUGGUCUGUUCAAGAGUUGACACUCCAAAUUGUUUAUUUGUGUAUGCCCCAAAUGAACAAACAAAGAAUAUUGUUUACACGAAUGUGUUGGAUUAA